AUGCUUGGGCAGCAGGGAAGGCUGGAGGUGGCCCAGUUGAAAUGGAACAUGCUGAAGCUCUCUAUUGUGGAUACGUUCUGCCCAGCAGAAAGACUGUGUGUUUCGCAUUUUGUGCAUUUGGCAGCUGGUCCAAGGCUGAAUUCGGCAAUGGCUCAGCAUGACUCGGUUUGGUUUGUUGUGUUCAAGCGCAGCUCUGUUUCAAACAAAGUUUACUUGACCAAUGGUAGCAUUUUGAGCAGCCUAUGUCGUAUUGUAGCACAGUGUGGGUGUCCAUCCUUGCUCAGAUUGCUUUGGAUGCCUGCACACUUAGCGUGGUGUCCACUGCGUCCUGACCAUCUUCUCCUCAACUGUCCAGACGCUGCCUGA